UCUCUCAACAAAUUCAGUCGCCGCGCAACCCGCGUGUCAUAGAGGUGUGCAAUUUCAGUGCGUUAUGUUUCAUCGUAAAUAAAACCUGUUUGUGUACUUUAUUUGACAUAUUAUAACGUUUCAGAUUUCAAAUAAAAGUGGUUCAUAAGUGAUUUAUUAUUUGUGUGUUAGUGUGAGAAACAGUGAGGAGUUUUUCUUGUGUGCGAUCCUUUAGUUGGAGGCUCUAUAAUCGACUUUCUGUCUUCUUAUUCGUUCGAAGGCGAUAAACCAAGAUAAACGAGCUUAAAUAAAUUUCAUUCGAAGACGAUAUAUUGUGAAUCCACGGUGCCUGAGGCGGUCAUGAUGGCGCCUAGCGUGUUUCAGAGGACCAAGUCACCGAGAUCCUCACCAGGAAACAUGCCUAGAAAAUUACAGAAUGGCACAGAAUCCGGAAGUCAGUCUGUCGCCACGGCUGACUCCAGUCCCGGUAACUCCAUAUCCGAUGCUGAGAACUUCGAGUGUUAUGGGGAGGCUGAUGGAGACACUCCAGCGGCUAACACAUUAGAAAAUGGCUCCAGGAGUCCAGGCAAUCAUUUAAAUCGACAUUCCUGGACGAGAACCAGUCUUAGGCGGACACCACCCAGCCACCAAGAAAACCUGCCGCAUCGACGAUGGGGCUCCAUGCGACACUCGGGGAAACGACAAAUCGGCUCCAAUGUUUUAGCUAGCCAAUUGUACCGGUCGUCGUCCUUCAACUCGUCCGGGUGCGGGUCGGGAGGGGAGCCAGCUGACGACAUGUACUCUGAUGUUUCACUAGAGGAGGAUGUACAAGGUCUCAACUACAAGGUCCAGCUCUUACAACAACAAGUGACCACACUCGCCGACACGCAGAGCACGGCCGAUGAGAGGUACGCUCGCGCAAAGGCCGACAACGCAGUGUUGCAAGCCCGUGUACACAUGUUGGACGAACAGAUACGCGAGAUCGAGUGUAGAUGUGAGGAGCGUAUAGCAGAGGAACAGAAGCGAUGCCGAGACGCGAUCUCACGCGUCGAACGCGACCGGGACGCGCAACUCGCAGCGCUGAACGACCGUCUCGCCGCUGCAGAAUCCGAGGCGUCGCAUCUUAAGCAAGAGGUCGGUAGAUUACGGGGCGUGGCGGAAACGUUGCGGGCAAACGCCGACACGGGGACUCGGAGCGCUCGCGAGGCACAGGAGGCGGCGGGCGAGCUGGCGGCGCAGCUGAGCGCGGCGCGGGACGCGGAGCGGCGCGAGCGCGAGGCGGCGGACGCGGCGCGCGCGCAGCUGGCCGCCGCGCAGCUCGAGCUGCGGGCCCUGCGCGCCGCGCCGCCGCCCCCGCCCGACCCGCGCCUGCACGAGCUGCGCCAGGAGCUGCUGCUGCUGCGCACGCAGAACAAAUCACUGACGGAAGCGCAAGAGGAACUACAAGCGCAAAUCCUCACUCGCGGCGUAGAGGAAGGCCGCAGUUUGCUCGACGGAGUGAGCGGGCCGCUGGUCGCCACUAACUCCCUCGCACAUGAACUGUCGCAAAUGAGCGAUCAUGAGCUCGUUGGUAGCACACACACAGAUCACAGCAUAGAGUUGGAAAAGCUGCAAAAAGCUUUAAAGGAACAGCAAGACGUUAAUGUUCAACUAAGAAACUACAUAGAUGGAAUUCUACUGUCAAUUGUAGAAAACUACCCUCAGUUAUUGGAAGUAAAAUAUCAGAAACCUGAUGUUAAAUCAUAACACCUGAUAACAUUUCAUAGUUUCUCUUAGAGCUCUUUCUUUGAAAAAAUAACAAGCUUUUGUUAUUAAAACUUCCUAUACUGAGCUCUAGACUUAGCUUUACUACUUAAGAAACUUAACCUACUUAUCCAUUCGAAUAUUUAUGUCGUCAAUAAAAAUUGUCUACUGAACCGUUGUGUUGCCAUUUCAUAAAUCUUUUCAGUCCAGUUCAUAAAUAAUAAUUUAUAAUAAAAAAAUGCAAUAAAAUAAUGUAACUAUAUUUUAUUAUUAAAUUAUUUUUUUGGUAAUUUGCAAUCAGACAUUAGAGCUGUGAUAAAAUUAUUAAAAAAUAAAAAAAGAUUUUAAUUAGUAUAUUUUAUCACCAGAUUAAUUAUAUUUAUAUAUAAAUAUAAUUUUGAAUUGAAUAAUACAAUAAAUUAUAUCCUAUCUAUGUUUUUAAUUGAAUAAAAAUAUUUUAGCAAUAUAAUUUGUAUGGCCUAAUAUAAAAUGAUAUUAUACGUAUAAUAUAAGAUUGUUAACAAUUAUUAAUAAAAAUAAUCGUAUGUAAAUAGUGUAAAGUUAGAUUACAUUAUAGAUAAACAUUGUUCCUCAUUACGAGAAUUUGCGUUUAGUCCAGCGAUAUUGAUAAAAUAGUUUUUUAUUUUUAUUUUUAGUCUAGUUUGAGGGUAGUUAGAUUUUAUGAGGCCAGGCCGUCCAUAUUGUUAAUGUACUACCUAAAAUCAAUUUGCAAAGACUGGAUGUAGGUAUUACUUAAAACUCAUCUCCAUUAUUAUUGUAUUAAAAACCAUUUUAAAUAUUUUUUUUCUUUAACACUCGACGAAAGUCGUAAAUGUAAUUUUUUGAAAUCCGUUAUAUGUAAAUCGUUUUAUUUCAAUGUUGGUAGGAGGUUUCGGUGCAAGAAACCUAAUCAAUAUUAUAAUUAACGAUUGUAUGAAUGUAUGAAGCCAUUUAAAUGUAUGUAUUUCUUAAUAUAUAUUAUAUAAAUAGUUAAAAUUGUACCUAUUUUUACAAUGAGAUAUUAUAUUUAAGAAUAGCCUAGAACUUUUGUGUACAUUUUGAUAACACGAUUAAUAUGAAGAAAAAAUAAGAAAAUAAUAUUGUUAUAAUCGUCAAAGUAAAUAAAAUGAAACAAUUCUAAUAUAUA